AUGACCAAGGGAUUUUGGGGCUCUGCCAGGACGCAGCUGGUCCGUGGGGACGGCCUGGAUGGGGGGGUCCGGAUCCCUCAGCCCCGCUCGGUUCCCCGGUACCGGGGGGUCUGGAUCCCCCAGCCCCGCUCGGUUCCCCGGUACCGGGGGGUCUGGAUCCCCCAGCCCCGCUCGGUUCCCCGGUACCGGGGGGUCCGGAUCCCCCAGCCCCGCUCGGUUCCCCGGUACCGGCGGGCUCGGGUUCUCUCCGGGCCGCUCCCCGGGCAGGUGAGGCCGGCAGACGGGAGCGAUGAUCGCGGCGCUGGGCGCUGCCCGCUCCGCGCUCGGCCCCGGCCGGACAACCGCGGCUUUGCUCGGUUUUAUGGAACCGGGGUUCGUGCGGUCACGGUCCCCAAAUCCCUGUCCCCGGGGGUGCAGCGGGGCUGUGGGGACAGCAGUGUCGCCCGUGUCCUGAGCGCUGGCUGUCCCCGAGGCAGCCGGGCGGAGGCGGAGGCCAUGGAGAAGGAGCUGCUGGAGGAUUAUCGCUUCGGGCGGCAGCAGCUGAUCGAGAUCUGGGGACACGCCUGUGCCGUGGCUGUCACCAAGGCGUUCCCGCUGCCGUCGCUGCCCCGCAGGCAGCCCACGCUGCUGGUGGCGUGCGGGCCGGCGCAGACCGGGGCCAUCGGGCUGGUGUGUGCCCGCCACCUGCGCAGCUUCGAUUACGAGCCCACCAUCUUCUACCCCAAGCGCUCCCCGGACCCGCUGCACCGCGACUUCACCACGCAGUGCGAGAGGAUGGACAUCCCGUUCCUGUCCUACCUGCCCACCGAGGUGCAGCUGAUCAACGACGCCUACAACGCCGUGGUGGACGCGGUGCUGGGAGCCGAGGGCGAGGGGACCGAGGGGACGGAGCCGUGCGCGGCCACGCUGGCCACGCUGCGGCACGUCCGCAUCCCCAUCGUCAGCCUGGAUGUCCCCUCAGGGUGGCGCGCGGGGCCGGGUGACAGCGGUGACAUCCGCCCGGCCGUGCUGGUGUCGCUGGCGGCGCCCAAGGCUGCGGCGCGGCGCUUCCAGGGCCAGCGGCAUUUCCUGGCCGGGCGCUUCGUGCCCGAGGAGCUGCGCAGGAAAUUCGGGAUCCGCGCCCCGCCCUACCCGGGCAGCGACUGCGUGGUGGCGCUGGGACCCCCCGGAGGAGCCCCCGAGCCCCUGGAGAACGAGUCGGAGCCGGGCAAGGCCGGAGCCGCCGGGAAACCCUGGAAAGGCGAGCCCGACCUGGAGGAGCUGGACCUGGGCACGGCAGGCAAAGGCGCCGCGUGGACGUCGUGGUUCAACAUCGACCACCCGGGCGGGGACGGGGACCACGAGAGCCUGGCCGCCAUCCGCUUCUACUUCGGGGAGCGCGUGUGCGCGCGGCCGCUGGCGCUGGAGGCGCGGAGCACGGGCUGGGAGCUGCCGGCGGCGCUGGGACAGGUGGUGCACGCCAGCCCCGAGCGCGGCUUCCGCUGCCUGCACCGCGAGCAGCCGCCCGGAAAGGCCUGCGCCAACUACCACGUGCGCUUCCUGUGCCCGCUGGAUGACGUGUACUGGUCCCACUGGUCUGCCUGGAGCCCCUGCUCUCGCAGCGCCUGCGGCUCCCGCGGCGUCCAGAGCCGCUCCCGGCGCUGCCGCAGCGCCCGCGCCCGGAGCCGCCUCAAGGAGCUGCGGUGCCGGGGCAAAGCCACCGAGCGCCGGGCCUGCAGCGCCGGGCCCUGCCCAGAGCCCUCCUGGACCGAGUGGGGCGCUUGGGGUCCGUGCUCCCGCACCUGCGGCGGCUCCGGGACCCGCUCCCGGCGCCGGAGCUGCAAACCCGCCAAGAGGAGCCCCCCGUGCCCGGGCCGUGCCGCCGAGGCGCAGGAGUGUCACCCGCCACCCUGCCCCGCUGACCCCGGCCGUGUCCCCGCCGCGGGCUGCGCGCUGCGGGGCACCGUGGUGACGGCGGCCGGGGCGGCCCUGCCCGACGCCCGCCUGUACCUGGAGAACCGCCCGGGCGAGCCCCUGGCCCGCAGCGACUCCCGGGGGCGAUUCACGGCCCCGGGGCUGUGCCCGGGCCCCGCCGCCAACCUCAGCGCCCGCCGCGACGGCUUCGCCCCGGCGCUGGCGCCCAUCGUCACCGACGGCUCGGGAGCGGCCGUGGCGCACCUGAGGCUGCGGCGGCUCGAGAAGCCCCACAUGGUGCUGCACCCCGCGGACAGGGUCAGGGAGGCCGGGCAGGACGUGACCUUCUGCUGCGAAGCCUCGGGCACCCCCGCGCCCCAAAACUACUCCUGGUACCACAACGGGACGCUGCUGGCUCCGGGCCCCGGCGGCCGCCUGGAGCUGCGGGGGCUGGCGCCGGAGCAGGCGGGCACCUACCGCUGCAAGGCCACCUCCGAGGCCGGAGCCAUCCUCUCGGAGCCCGCGCAGCUCACCGUGCUGGCCCAGGGCCGGCCGAGCUGCCGGGCGGAGCCCGAGCCCAGCCUGGUGGAGCUGCCCAGCGACUGCUCGCAGGACGCCGGCGGCUCCCGCUACUACAACGUGGGGCGCUGCCCGGCCUCGCCGUGCCCGGGAGGCUCCGCCGAGCCCUCGGCGUGCGGCGAGGAGUCCGGGCGGUGCUGCGGGGUGAGGAGGAUGGAGCUGCGGCAGGUGCCGUGCGCCGGCUCCCUGCUGCCCGUCAAGGUGGUGGCCGAGUGCGGCUGCGGGCCCUGCGCCCGGCCCCGGGCGCUGGUGCAGGGCCGGGUGACGGCGGCCGACACCGGGGAGCCGCUGCGCUUCGGCCGCAUCUUCCUCGGCGGCAGGAGAGCCGGCUUCACCGGCUACCAGGGCUCCUUCACCAUCGAGGUGCCGCCGGACACGCGGCGCCUGGUGGCUCGCUUCGUGGACGGGCAGCAGCGCCUGCUGGACGCCGUCAGGGUGCUGCCCUUCGACCGGCGGGGAGGAGCCGUGUACCAGGAGGUGAAGAUGCUGCGCAAGAAGGAGCCGGUGGAGCUGGACGGCGGCCGGAGCAACGCCAUCCCCCUGGGAGAGGCCGGCGGCCGGGAGCCCGUCGGGGAGCUGCUGCUGCCGGCCGGAGCCUUCCUCCGGCCGUCCGGGGAGGUUUUCAACGGCACCGUCAAGGCCAGCGUCACCUUCGUGGACCCCAGGGACGUGGGCACGGCCGGCGCCGCCUCCAGCGACCUGAGCUUCGCCGACGCCGACGGGGAGAUCGCGCCCCUGCGCACCUACGGGAUGUUCGCCGUGGAUUUCCGCGAGGGCGACAGCGGCGCGGAGCUGCAGGCGGGGCCGGUGCGGGUGAGGAUGGACGCCGGGCAGGUGCGGAUGCCGGAGCACCUGGGCAAGAUGAAGCUGUGGUCCUUGAACCCCGAGAGCGGCCUGUGGGAGGAGGAAGGCGUCCUGCGCGCGGCCGGGGGCGGCCGGAGGAAGAGGAAGAGGAAGAGGGAGGAGAGGACCUUCCUGGUGGGCAACCUGGAGAUCCGCGAGCGCCGCCUCUUCAACCUGGACGUGCCCGAGGACCGCCGCUGCUUCGUCAAGGUCAGGGCCUACAGCAACGAGAAGUUCAACCCCCACGAGCAGCUGGAGGGGGUGGUGGUCACCCUCGUCAACCUGGAGCCGCAGCCCGGCUUCCCCAGCAACCCGCGGGCCUGGGGCCGCUUCGACAGCGCCGUCACGGGGCCCAACGGCGCCUGCCUGCCCGCCUUCUGCGACGGCCGGCGCCCCGACGCCUACGCGGCGCUGCUGACCGCCACGCUGGGCGGCGAGGAGCUGGAGGCCGUGGCCUCCAGCCCCAAGCUGAACCCCGGCGCCGUGGGCGUGGCGCAGCCCUACCUGGGCAAGCUGGGCUACCGGCGCUCGGACCACGAGGACGCGGCGCUCAAGAAGACGGCCUUCCAGAUCAACGUGGCCAAGCCCGACCCCGGCGACCCGGACGAGAGCAACGGGCCCGUCUACUCCUACCGGAGCCUGCGGGAGUGCCAGGAGGCGCCGGUCAGCGCCAACCACCUGCGCUUCUACCGCGUGGAGGUGGACAGGUACGAGUACAACGUGGUGCCCUUCAAGGAGAGCGACGUCUCCUCCUGGACCGGCGACUACCUGGCGUGGUGGCCCAACCCGCAGGAGUUCCGGGCGUGCUUCAUCAAGGUGCGGCUGGAGGGGCCGCAGGAGUACAUGGUGAGGUCGAGGAACGCGGGCGGGAGCCACCCCCGCACCCGGGGGCAGCUCUACGGGCUGCGGGACAGCCGCAGCGUGCGGGACCCGCUGCUGGACAACACCUCGGGGGCCUGCGUGGAGUUCAAGUGCGGCGGGAUGCUCUUCGACCAGGGCCUGGCCGACAGAACGCUGGUGACCGUGGUGCCGCAGGGCGGCUGCCGCCGCACGGCCACCAACGCGCUGCUGCGGGACUACCUGAGCCGGCACCCGCCGCUGGCCGACAACAACCACACCGCGGCCUUCUCCAUGCUGGCCCCGCUGGACCCGCUGGGCCACAACUACGGCAUCUACACCGUGACGGACCAGAGCCCGCGGCUGGCCAAGGAGAUCGCCAUCGGCCGCUGCUUCGCGGGCACCUCGGACGGCUUCUCCCGGGAGAUGAGGGCUGCGGAGGGCGCGGCCGUCACCUUCAGCUGCCAGGAGCGGCCGCCGGGCAGCGAGAGCCUCUUCCAGCGCCUGCUGAACGCUCCGGCCGAGGCGCUGCAGGAGAUCCGCAGGGAGAUGGGGCGGUCCGAGCUGCGCCGCGCUCCCCCCGAGGUGAUGGACUUCGCCUCCGGAGCCCCCGGCCCCACGGCCGCCCGCCGGAGCCCCGGAGGCCAGCGGAGACCGGGCGGGCAGCGGGGGCGGCCCUGA